AACAAACAAACAAAAACCACAAAAGCAGCGUAUAUUGAUAUAGUAAAUGUUAUUGAUAUGGUAAGUGUAUGUUCUGGGAUCGACAAAUAUACAUGUUUUGAUAUUUUGAUUUUAAGGCGUUUGGAGCUCCAUGCACCAAGGGCCUGUGAUUAAUAAAAGAUGUAUCAAAUCCUACUUUGAAGUAACAAACAAUUGGUAUAACUUUUAUAGAUAUGAAAAACCUGACAGACAAGUUACGGGUUCCUAUCAUAAGCAACGCAACUGACGAAAAUGAUGAUGACAGUGACGACUUUAUUGCUAUGGUAACCGAAAUCUUCGUUCCUACUGCAAUUGGAUUAAUCAUUCUGAUCGUUCUCGGCGUUGGUGGAAAUAUUAUGACAAUGUUAGCUUACGUUGAAAACCGUCAUCACAACAAAGUGUAUGAUUUCUAUAUAUUUAAUCUGGCGGUCACGGAUCUCAUUCUAUGUAGUGUAAGUAUGCCACUUUAUACGGUGUACACCUUGAUGAACUUUACAUGGCCAUUUGGGUACUGGUUUUGUAAAAUAUGGUUGCUAAUCGACUUCACAGCAUGUACUGAGGCAACGGCACUCAUUCUUAUUCUUAGCAUGGACAGACUAUUAAUGAUUUCCCUUCGUACCAAAUACGAAAAUCAAAUCACGUGGAAAGUUGCUAAGACUGUUCUUAUAAUAUCUUGGAUAAUAUCCCUUAUUUAUUACGGACCAGCAAUCUUAGCAUGGAAUUAUCUGGUUGGAUAUUCUACUGCAGAGUACAUGGAUUGUGAUGUUGAAUUUGUUUAUGAAAAUGAUUUUGUUAUCACAAUGUCGAUCCUUGAUUUCCUGUUACCGGCAGUUAGUCUUGCUGUUAUAAAUGGAUGUUUGUUGAUAAAGAUUUUUAGCUGGACAGACAGAAAAGGAAAAUCACAUAAAUGUCAAGAAGCGAAUACACGUCAGUGUUUUAGCGUAUCAGAACAUGCUCUAUCAACACAAUGUUAUGUCUCUACUAGUUUGCAUCAAAACAAAGCUAGCGCUAAUAUAUCAAUGCCAAUGUUACGCGAUGAAAGAAGUUCAUUUCAUUCUGACAAUUGUUUAAAAUCAAAGAAAAUAGGAGCACUUGCUAAAGAAAAUAUCAAGCAUACAGCAGCGAAACCCAAGUUAAAAUCUGCAAAACUUCUUGCAAUGUUAGUGUUCUCCUUUCUUUUCUUUUGGUCACCGUACACGAUCACAACUGUUGUAAUCUCUUUUUGUAACAAAUGUGUGAAUCAGAGUUUGUACGAAUUUUUUAAUUGGCUCCUAUGGAUGAAAUCAGCAGUUAAUCCAUUUCUCUAUGCUUAUAAUAUUCCACGAUACAGGCAAUGUUUCAAGAAAUACAUGAAGAUGCUGGGAAAAUGUAGAAAUUCUCAUUGAUAAAUGACACCAAAAC